UUCUAUGCUCUUUAUAGGGCACUUAGAUUGUAGUCACAAUAAAAAUCACCUAAUACAUUAGGUGGGAAUAUAAAUUUUAAAUUUUGCCUUGUUUCUAAAUCUAUAUAUGCAUUAGAAACUGACUUUUGCAAGUCUGUUAACUAGGUAGUAGCCUUUCUUGAUGAUUCAGAAGGAUAGUGAAGUUUUAGCAGAGACCUUAAGGAACUUUCCCCAGUCACACACAAAGAGCACCAGAGUAAAAUUCCUACCUCCAUUCACAGAGUCCUGUGCAAAUUUCCACUUUUGAUCCACUUUGGACACAGUCACUGUUUUUUGCCUGGACCUCCUUCCUUUGAUGAUAUAACAGGCUUUAGUUUUCAUUUUUUCUACUUAGAAGAUCUUCCUUUAUCCAAUUAUGAAAAAAUGUUCAGAAAAGGAAAAAAGCGACACAGCAGCAGCAGCUCACAAAGCAGUGAAAUCAGCACUAAAAGCAAGUCUGUAGAUUCCAGUCUUGGGGGACUUUCCAGGUCUAGUACUGUGGCCAGCUUAGAUACAGACUCUACAAAAAGUUCAGGACAAAGCAAUAGUAAUUCUGAUACAUGUGCAGAAUUCAGAGUGAAGUAUGUUGGUGCCAUUGAAAAAUUGAAAUACAAUGAGAGCAAAAGUCUUGAAGGGCCACUGGACUUGAUAAAUUACAUAGAUGUUGCGCAGGCUUUUGUUUGUUUCCUUCCAAAGCAAGAUGGAAAGUUACCUUUUGUUCCAGGUGAAGAGGAGUUUAUUAUGGGAGUUUCCAAAUACGGCAUUAAAGUUUCCACAUCUGAUCAGUAUGAUGUGUUACAUAGGCAUGCUCUCUAUUUGAUUGUACGGAUGGUGUGCUAUGAUGAUGGUCUGGGAGCAGGAAAAAGUUUACUGGCUUUGAAGACAACAGAUGCAACCUCUGAAGAAUGCAGCCUCUGGGUAUAUCAGUGCAAUAGUUUGGAACAAGCACAAGCCAUUUGCAAAGUGUUGUCUACAGCCUUUGAUUCAGUUUUAAUGUCGGAGAAGUCCUGAUUUCCUUUGGCAGCAGUGUUUGUGUGGGAGGCCCCAGGGCUCCUGGUGACACCACGGACAGCUUGGAGCCACACACAGUCCUAGGAAAGGCUUACUGUGCAAAGAAGAGCCUCACAACCUUGAACAUGGUACUCUGGCAUUCCCCAAACAUGACUUGAAGAUUCCAUCUUCAGUGUCCAGGAUAUUACAGAAUUUUAUAUUUAACACAAUUUCUCUUUUUCCUAAAUCAUGUUUUGUAUGUUACUGUCAAUAUUGCAGAAAUGUAAAA